ACUGCGGAAGCAGGUCGAGCAAUGCCGUAGACUCAAGCAGAGCAGCGCCGCCGCCCCGCCCCCCAUGUCGAUCCGCGCCGCGCUCCACCUCCGCCGUUUCUUCUCCACGGACGCCGCCCUCGCGCCGCCGAAGCUGCGGAACCUACCCUACCGCCUCCGCCACGCCGCCGUCCCGGCCGCGCGCGCCGCCGUCUCCGAGUACCUCCACUCCACGCGCUGCCUCCCGUGCUCCCACGCCGACUCCAUCGUCGCGCACUCCCCGCGCUCCCUCCUCUCCUUCCUCGCCGCGCUCCCUCCCGUGCCGGGCUCCCUCCCCACCGCGGAGCUCCCUGCACUCCUCCGCCGCCACCUCAACUUUCACCCGCUCAACGAGCUCCCCUUCUUCCUCGAAUCAAUCGGCGCGCCCGCCGCGGCGCCCCCCAGCUCCGACCUCAUGUUCCUCGCCGACCACCCCACUCUGCUCGACGCCGUCGCCGCGCUCGCGCACUUCGGAUUCCCAUGGUCCCGCCUCGGUCUCCUCUUCCCCGCCGUCCUCCUCGGCGUGCCCCCGGACCGUAUCUCAGCUCGCCUCGCUGCUCUCGAGGCCCGCCUCAACCGGCUCCCGCGCGCCGCCAUCAUCGCUGCCUGCCUCACCUUCCCAUCGCUUCUUGAGCGCGAUCUAUCCGAUUGCGACCCACUCGUUAAGGAUCUCGGCGCCACGUUCAGAGGAUUGGGUCCGGAUUUGGGGGCAAGCAAUGACAUCGACGCGUUCUCGGGCGUGUGCCGGAGGAUGCGGAUUUUCUAUGAUGCCGGGGCAGAGAUUGGUAGCAUUGGGGGACUUGCCAGCAGCAGCUGGAGAGUGUUUCUUGAGCUCAGGGAAAAGAGGAUUGCUGAGAGGUUACGGUUCUUCAAGGAUCUGGGGAUGCCCGGGAAGGAACUAGGAAGGUUCUUGCUAAGCAAUGCCAAGCUUUUUGAUCACGAUUUCUCUGACGUAGUGAUCUCGGUGCCAGAGUAUUUGCUGAGAGUUGGUUUGGUGGAGGAUGAGGUUAAUGUGGCUAUAGAGAAACAUCCAUAUGUUGUUGGGAAGAACCAGCUGGAGAACCUCCCCAGGGUGCUGCGGGCAAUGAAGCUGGAGCAUCGGUUCCUGGAGAAGAUUUCCGUUGGUGGAAAGAACUUGUGUUAUUUAUCACCUUAUUUUGCUUUGGAGGAUGAUAGCUAUGAUGCAGAGGUUGAGAGGGCUUUCUUGGAUGGGAUGGCUAAAGUCAAGGCUGACAAGAAAGCACAGCAUGUGGACAGCAAGCUGGAGUUCUUGAAAAGCAUUGGGUAUGGUGAGAAUGAGAUAGCCACCAAGGUAAUUCCUGUCCUUCACAGCACUAAGGAUUUCCUGCAGGAGCGGUUUGACUACCUUCUGGAAAGAGGGGUGGACUAUACAAUGCUGUGUCGGAUCUUGACUGUUUUUCCAAAGGUGCUGAACCAGGGUAAGAAUAUGCUCAAUGAGAAGUUGAAUUAUCUCACAGAGGAGCUGGGCUACUCCAUAGAGUACCUUGAUUGCUUCCCUGCAUUUCUGUGCUUUGAUUUGGAGAACAGGGUCAAGCCUAGGUAUACAAUGCUUCGGUGGCUCCGAGAGCAUGGCCUACUUAGAAAACAAUUAGCCCCUGCAACAGUGCUUGCUAACUCGGAGAAGAGAUUCAUUACUACUCUCCACCUUGUGCAUCCUGCAGUUCCAAAGUUGUGGCUUGAGAGCUUCUCUUCAAGAUUGCAUAUGGAGUGUUAUCUCAAGAAUAUUUAUCAUCAGCAUUCAGACAACAUAUAGUUAGACGUCUGAAAUCAUAUUGACAUGAUUGUUAAGAGUCGAAUUGUGAUGUUGCUGCAAUCAGUUAAUCGUCUCUGCAAUUUUGCUGCUACCUGAUCCAACACUCGCUCAGAGAAAGAGACAGGCACGGUUUUCUUACAUGAGUAAACUUCAAGUUGCGAAAAAGGAAAAGAAAAAGGCCCGUCAAAUUGAGUUGAACAGAUCCAGCUCUGCAAGCAGUAGGAACCAGCAAGAUUAAUGUUGGUGCAGCUUUCAACGCAACAAUGGGCUUUGCAGUUGUGGGUUUCAUAGCUAGAUAUGAACAUGGUCUGGUUCGCCUCUCAUCUGGGGAGGAAUUGUUUCAAUGUUUUUUUUAUGCUGAGUAAGCUGAGCUGCUGGCAUUCUGAGAUGUCUUCACCUUGCCCUCACCAGGCCUCGGGCAGGGUGGGUAUCUGAACCUGUUGUCAUUGAUACGGACCUGAGGCCUCGGGCAGGUGGGUAUCUGAACCUGUUGUCAUUGAUACGGACUGCCUUAAUGUUGUGCGUGCUUUGAAAUACAGAGUGGAGAACAGAGCCCAUUUACUCGAUGCUUCUGAAGGAGGUGAAAUCUCUUGCAAAUGAGAUUAGGGUGGCUGAAUUUAAAAAUUCUUCUAGACUCAGAAUAGGGUAGCUCAUUCUUCUCAGCUAAGAAUUCUUGUGAAGGAGUCUCGCCCAUUGUCUGGAUUAGGCGAGCUCCUGCAUUUUGUAUCGCGUCUUGUGGAUGCGGAAUGUAACCGCGAUCUGAGUUAAUAUAGCUCGACCUUUUCCCUUGGAAAAAAAGGCAUCCAGCUAUUUUUCCUUCAACAAAAAAGGGCAGGU